AUGGGCGCCGCGGACCUGACGGGCGUCGGCAAGCCGCCCGAACGCGCCUCGUACUUAACUAAAGACGCGUUCGCCGCGGCAGCGCGCAAAUGGCUCGCGACGGUGAAGCAGCGCGUGCAGAAGCUGAUUCAGCAGGCGUCGGGAGGCGGAGGGAAGGGGCGCGGAUCGAGCAAGGGGAACGGCGGACGCGGGAACACCACAACCGUUGACCGCAGUCUGGGGUACGUCCCCCCCACGACCAAGGACCUCAAUCCCGCCAAGCUGCCCAAUCUCAACACCGUCUCGCGCUACCUCACCGUCGGUCUCACGCUCGACCCGACCUCGCAGAAGAUCACUGCUGUUGACUUGUGGGCGGCCAUUGACUUCAUUGGCUUGGGCCCAUAUGCCAUCAAACCCCUCCCAGGAGCCUGCUGGGCGUACGCGGCAGCGCGGGCGGUGCAGGGCGCGUAUGCGAAGCUCAAAGAGACGGACGAUGAUGUGUUCCCCGGCGGGAUGAGUCUGUCCGUGCAGCAGCUGGUGGACUGCACUGGCGCUGCUGCCUCGUGCCGGGGGGGGUACCCUGAGGCUGCCCUGCAGUACGCGGCUAAGAUCGGGCUGCAGGACGAGGCGGGAUAUUCCUACACGGGGGCCAGCGGCAAGUGCAGCGUUAACAAGGAUACGGGGCCAUGGGUGUUGCUACCCACCAUACGAGCAGGUGCCACUGCCAGGGCCGUUGGGAAUGGUGGCUGGCCAAUGCGCUCCCUCUUCCUUACUGUGUGCUAUCUCUCACCUACCACCCCUCUCCACCGCUCUCAGGACUUUUACAACAUCUCGAUGUACGAGCAGGUGCCACUGCCGGGGCCGCUGGGGCUCAUUCUCGCGCUGCAGAAGCAACCCGUCAUCGUCACCAUCCGCGCCUCUGCGCAGGACUUUAUUGACUAUGCGGAGGGCAUUUAUGAGGGCUGGAACUGCUACAGCCCCGUGGGGGAGGUCGUUGGGGACAGACAGGGCAAUGGUUUCAGAGCGACAGCCACUGCCACCAACAACACGGGGCUGCUGGACCACGUGAUGCUGGCCGUGGGGUACAACUAUGUUGUGCCGGGAAGCGCGCAGAAUUAUUUCAUUCUGAAGAACAGCUGGGGGCCAAAUUGGGGGGAGAAUGGUUACAUGAAGAUUCGCAUGGAGGGUGACGCGUUCGGCACGUGCGGCAUGCUGGUGAACCGCGGGCUGUACCCCGUUGUGAAUGCCCACCAGACCACAGACCCCUGUGGCACGUCACCGUGUGGGGGGGGCACGUGUGAGGCGGACGAGAGUGGCAACGGCAAGUACACGUGUCAGUGCUCGGACCUGCUGGUGCCAGCUGUCAACCGCGACGGCACUCCCACCUGCACCAUCAUCGAGAUCUGCAGUGUGCUACCCACCAACCCCUGCGUGGUAGGGCAGUGCAUCAACAGCGGUGACGGCGGCUACUCGUGCCUCUGCCCGCCCAAUUACAAGACGAGUGUGCUCGCCUCCGGCCAGACCACCUGCGUGCCUGAGAUGUCUGGGAGCAGUGCAGCAGCGGUGCAGGGCACGUACACAGUGCAGGGCGGGGAGACCUGUGGCGCCAUCUAUGGCUUCAUCGGCCUCACCCAGGAGCAGUUCCUCGCACAGAAUGAGGGACUGGACUGCGACAAUCUCAAGGCGGGUCAAGUGCUCAACAUCUCCAUCCCAUCCACAACGCAAGUGUGCCGCGUGCGCUACACUGUCACCCAGGCGGAUGCCGCAGCAAGGAGCUGUGAUCCCAUCAACACCCGCUUUGGCAUCGACGUCACGACCAUCAACCCCAGCCUUGACUGCUCAAGCCUCACACCCAACCAGCAGAUCUGCAUUCAAGUGGGGGACGCGGUGUCAGGAGCAGCGGACUACAACCUGUGCACGGAGUACCAGCCGGUCACGCAGUGGUUCACGUGUACCAGCGCCGUCGCAAACUAUGGCAUGACGUGGUUCGACCUCUACCGCCUCAACCCCGGCAUCAACUGUGACUCUCUCAGCACGCUCACAGGCUCCGAG